ACUCUUUAACUUUUUUAACAAGAAUUCAACGCAACCUGUAUCAUUUCUUUUUGUAAGUGACAUAUAUUUUCAAAUGGAAUGGGUAUGGGAUGGAGUUAUGACAGCUGCUGUAACAAUGACAACAAAAGAUCACAUGGUCAGAGAUCAAAUGUCCAACAAAGCGGAUUUCAAGUAGAGAGUUACCCGUUAACACAUUGCACUAGGAACCAAACAAGAGGAUAUGUUCUAAUAUUCAUGAACACAAAAUUCCGGACAUUGGGAACGUUGAAUUCUGGAGGACAACACGACAAACUUUGUGAAUUGUUUGAAGUAGUACAUUUUUCUGUAAGAGUUUAUAGGAACGCCCACGCUAGAGAUAUUGAGAAACAUAUAUCAGAGUAUGCUAGUAGGACGGGGAGUUGUUUUAUUGUCUUUGUUUCCAGUCAUGGAAGUAAUGGGAACAUAUGUGGCAGUGACGACAAGUUGGUCAAAUUGGAAGAUCUUUUUCGCGCUGCCAACACUUUGAAGUUAAAAGGCAAACCAAAGUUAUUCUUCAUUGAUGCUUGUCGAACAGGAAGAAGAGAUUCACGAGUACCAGAACUUUUACAUUCGGACUUUUUGGUUGGUUAUUCGUGUCUCAGCAGACAAACAAGUUAUGACAAAGGCGGAGGACUAUAUUUAAAACUAUUGAUAGAUGUUUACAAGGACGGACUGAAGUAUCCAGCAAGGGAUCAUGGCAAAGAACGGACCGUUCUCCAUUGGCAAGAUAAAAUCAGUGCCAUGUUAUGUAGAGAUGGACAACAGCAAUGUAUGUCAAAAUCUAGCUUGACAAAGAAGAUGUUUUUACACACAAGAUAGUAAUAAAAAAGAAUACUAGUA